AUGAGAGAGUGUGUUACGGACUCGGGUUCCUGUGGGUGCUGUAUGAUGUUGAAAGAGAUGGACAGGCUGACGACAUACUUUACCACGACUUUGAAUACGUUGGAGAAGGAAUACAGACAAACAAAGCACAGUCUGGACAAAGUGAAAGCCAGCCGCAGCGCCUUCUCUGCCACUCAAAUCGAUGACACAGAUAUAUGCCAUGUCUCCUACAAGUUCGACAAGCUCCUGUCCUACAAACGCGUCUUCAUCAACCUGGGUAAUGGCUACAGCGCGGAUACCGGUGUCUUCACCGUUCCACACUCUGGCGUCUACAGCCUCGCCCUCACCGUCUACAGUGACGCUGGUGCUCCUGGUCGGAGAAUAGCCGCCUGUGCCAAUCUGCUGGUUAACAACCAGUUGGUGGCAGGACCCAGAGAAGAAAAUAAGCUAGACCAAGAGGACAGUGCCACUACAGUCGUGGCCCUUCACCUGAAGGCUGGGGACAUGGUGGCCGUCCAGCUGCCCGGUGGAUGUUUCAUAUGCGACAACAGCAGCCAGUAUAACACUUUCAGUGCCUUCCUCCUUUAUCCUACUGAAUAA